GCCGUCCACGGCGAAGACGACUCCUCCCUCCGCGAAGCCAAGAGUCUCAACUCCAUAAGGACCGCACUCGAAAACCUCGAAGACCAGCUCGAGUUCUUCCAUUAAUAAAAAUAAUAAAAAUGGCUCCAAAGAAGAAAUCCCAAAAACAGAAGGAUAUAACUUGGGAUCAUUGUAAAUCCCUUGCGAAUAGGUUGAAUGUUAAAUGUAACUAUUGUCCCAAAACAAUGUGGGGAGGAACAUUUAGAAUGAAGCACCAUCUAGCUGGAACACACAAAGAAGUUGCUCCAUGCCAACAAGUGCCGGAAGAGAUAAGGGAUCUAUUUAAAAAAAUAUUAGAGGAUGCAAGAGAUGAUGAUGAACUAGAGUGCUUCGAUGAUAAAGAUUCACAAAAAAAAGGGAGCAUGGAUAGUUUUAUGAUAAAAGGAAAAAGUGGAAGUGGCUCAUCUGCUAUGAAACAACAAACUAUAAAUUCAAUGGUGAAGGAUAGAGAUUUGGUGGUUCGAGAUAUUUGUAGAUGCAUAUAUGGCAAUGCAUUGCCAUUUAAUUUAGUUAAGAGUCCACUAUUUAUUAAUAUGGUGAAGUCUAUUAGUGAAUAUGGUAGAGGCUUAAAACCACCAACUUAUCAUGAAGUGAGGGUGUCAUAUUUGAAGAAAGAAGUUGAUCUUGUCCAUACUAGUUUGGAUAAAUUUAAGUUGGAAUGGAAGAAAACUGGUUGUACAUUGAUGUCAGAUGGAUGGACUGAUGGAAAGGGUAGAUCUCUUACUAAUUUUCUUGUUAAUAGUCCUAGAGGGACUGUUUUUAUAAAAUCUGUUGAUACAAGCAGCUUUAUUAAAGAUGCUGAAAAAAUGUUUGAAUUACUUGAUGAGAUGGUGAUAGAAAUUGGAGAAGAGAAUGUCGUUCAAGUAGUGACAGAUAGUGCUUCAGCCCUUGUAUCUGCUGGACAAAAGUUGAUGGAUAAAAGAAAGCAACUCUUUUGGUCACCCUGUGCAGCCCACUGUCUUGAUUUGAUUUUGGAAGAUAUUGGUGGCAUUACAGUGUUCUAUAAUACCAUUUGGAAAACAAAAAAAAUUACAACUUUCAUUUAUAGGCACACAUGGGUGUUGAAUUUGUAUAGAACCUUUUCCAAAGGUAGAGAGUUAGCUAGGCCUGCAAUAACAAGGUUUGCUACAUCAUAUUUGACAAUGCAGUCAAUUUUGAAAAAAAGACUGCACUUCGAUCUAUGUUUACAUCUGAAAAAUGGGUUAAUAGUGCUUAUUGCUCUAGGCCGGAAGCCAAAUUUGCAGAAAAUGUUGUUUUGGCUGAUAAAAGGUUUUGGAAAUCAAUACAUUAUUGCUUGAAAAUUGUGUCUCCUCUUGUGAAAGUUCUUAGACUUGUGGAUGGUGAUUCAAAACCUGCAAUGGGAUACAUUUAUGAGGCUAUGGAUAGAGCAAAGGAAGAAAUAGCAAAGAGUUUUAAUCAUGAGGAAAAGAGAUAUAAGGAUGUAUGGGAAAUCAUUGACAAGCGUUGGGAUUUACAACUUCAUAGGCCUCUUCAUGCAGCCGCCUAUUUUCUUAAUCCAAAGUUCCACUAUGACACAAAGUUCAACCCAGAUCGUGAGGUUAAAACUGGCUUAUGGAAGACAUUGGAGAAGAUGUGUCCUGAUAUUGAAACAAGGAUCACAAUUGAUUCCCAAAUUGAGAAAUUUGACAGGGCUGAAGGACUCUUUGGAAAUAGUUUAGCAAUUGCAACUAGAGCUAGGAAGCAACCUGCUUUAUGGUGGAAUAGUUUUGGAGACGACUGCAAAGAGUUGCAAACAAUAGCUAUUCGUAUCCUAAGCCUCACUUGCAGUGCUACAGGGUGCGAGAGAAAUUGGAGUGUGUUUGAUCAAAUUCACUCAAAGAGAAGAAACCGUUUAGAGCAACAAAGGUUGAAUGCUCUUGUGUUUGUUAAAUACAACCUUCAACUUGAAAUUAGGCAAAAACAAAGGGAGGAAAAAGGAGACACAUAUGAUCCUAUCUGCUUAUCAGAUUUAGAUUCUGACGAGGAAUGGAUUACUGAGCAAGAGGAGCCUUGCCUAAUGGAUGAGGAAUCUUGGAUGGAUGUUCAUGAGUGCUUCAACGUUGAUGAAGGAGACCAAAGCAAAAAGAGAAAGAGAGGUCCUCGAAAUCUUCAAGAUGAUAGGAAUGAUAAAGGCAAAGGCAUCUUAAUACAAGAGGAUGUCAACAUGAAUGAUAACAGAAAAGGAUCUCAAAUUAUUGAACAAGAUAUGGGAGAUGAGUCAGAUGACUCUACUAAUGGAGAGGAUGAAGGACAAGAUAUGCCAAUACUAGAUCCUGAUAGUGAUAAUAGUGAUAAUAUUAGUCUUGAAAUUUAAUGAAUAUGAGAAAUAACUGGUUUUAGAUUUGGUUACUUAUGGAUUUUGGUAUUUAGAUUUUUUUUUAAUUUGGAUUUAUAUGAUAUUAUAUAUUUUUAAGUUAUUUUUAAUUUGUUUCUGAAUCUUACGAUUCGAUACGAUUCACGAUUCACGAUAUAAAAAAGCAGCCGAACGAUUCACGAUACGUAUUGCGAUUCAACAACCAUGAUACAGAUUUCCCACUUUUUUUUGUGCCUUUCUGUUUCUGAAUCUACCAAAAUGGUAUCAGGGCUACCGAGUGGCAGCUGUCAAUGGUCCUCAAUCACUGCAAAAUGAAAGCUCGCAUGUUCACCUUGGACAAUCUAGCUUUUUUUUUUUUUUUUGGCUGUCUAUAUAUGCUUGAUUUUUUAAU